GCGGCCACUAUGAGAGAGGGAUCCGUCCGGCGCACUGGCGGUCUUGACAGGUUUUGCUGCUUUUAGUGGUAUUAUAUUUUCAAAAUGGCUGCUACGAGAAGAUUGCAAAAGGAGCUGGGCGACCUGAGAGCGUCGGCGAUGAAAAACUUCACAAAUAUCCAAGUAGACGAGUCCAAUAUCCUCACCUGGCAGGGGCUGAUAUUGCCGGACAAUCCACCAUAUAACAAAGGUGCAUUUCGCAUCGAAAUCAACUUUCCCGCAGAAUAUCCUUUCAAACCGCCAAGGAUAAACUUCAAAACCAAGAUAUAUCAUCCAAAUGUAGAUGAAAAGGGUCAGAUAUGCUUACCAAUUAUAAGUGCUGAAAAUUGGAAGCCUGCGACGAAAACAGACCAAGUGAUCCAAGCUUUGAUAGCGUUAGUGAAUGAUCCCGAGCCUGAGCAUCCACUGAGAGCAGAUUUAGCCGAGGAGUUCCUUAAAGAUAGAAAAAAGUUUCUGAAGAAUGCUGAGGAGUUUACGAAAAAGCAUGCCGAGAAGAGGCGGGAAUCAUCGUCGUCUAACGAAUAACCCCGAGUGAUUAGCUUUACUCACCACGAUGCCUGCCGCCUAUCAGCUGAUUCAAACUCAAGCCAAUGUAUACCUGUCUGUUAAUCCCUGUGAAUCUCAUAGAUUCAAUUGAAUCUCAUAGAUUCAAGUUAAGAUGACUCUGUACAGUAUUGGUUAACACCGAUGAAUAUGAAAAUAUACGCAAAUUGUAAUGUUUAUAAUAAGAUGGAACGGACUUUCCAGAGUACAGUAAAUUAUGAUAAAUAACUGUAUCAUAUUGUAUACAAUUUAUACUUGAAGUCAUAUACUAUGCAGUUAUACUUUGGUUUAACGUGUCGAAGGUUCGUUACAUUCCAGCUUGAUCCUGUAGGAAUGUACACGAUGGUGAAAAAAAAAAAAAAUGGAUGGUUCAACAUAGAGCCGUUACGUUUAUCAGAUGUAGCAGUAUGUAUUAAAGCAACAUAAUUUCCAAUGUC